GGUUUGCCAAUAAACACCAAAGAAGGGAGGAAGAAGAACCAUGGAGGAGGAAGAAGUUGGUGCCAGCAGCAGCAGCGACUCAACCAAUAAUUGUGAUGUUUCAGGCGGUUCUGUGUCACAGAAACCACCUGAAGGUGACAGCUCAGAGAGUGCAGCAUCUCAGCUUGACCAGGACCUCAAAAGCGUCCUGGUCACCAGCGUGUUAAACCUGGAGACGCUCGACGUAGACCUGUACAGAGGGACACACCACUGGGUGCCCCGCAGUCAGCGUUUGUUUGGGGGUCAAAUAGUCGGUCAGGCCCUUGUAGCUGCUGCCAAAUCUGUCAGCGAUAAUCUCUAUGCCCAUUCUCUCCACUGCUACUUUGUACGAGCAGGGGAUCCUAAGGUUCCAGUGCUGUACCAGGUGGACCGCACAAGAGAUGGUCGCAGUUUCGCAGUGCGCUCUGUGAAGGCCAUCCAGCAUGGACAGCCUAUUCUCAUCUGCCAAGCGUCCUUCCACAUGCUGCAGCCGAGUCCCCUGCAGCACCAGUUCACCAUGCCGGUGGUGCCUCCGCCUGAAGACCUCCUCACUGUAGAGGAGCUCAUUCAUCAUUAUCUCAGUAAACCAGACCUGGCAGAGAAAUCAAAACAAGGCCUUAACAAACUGCUGGCUAAUGAGGUCCCCAUCGAGAUAAAGCCAGUCAACCCACCACACUUCUACAGAGUUGUUGCAAGUGAGCCGAAGAAGCUGUUCUGGGUGCGAGCACGAGGAUAUAUUGGUGAAGGCAACAUGAAGCUGCAUUGCUGCGUUGCUGCUUAUGUAUCAGACUUUGCGUUCCUGGGCACAGCGCUGCUGCCUUAUCCCAACUACAGGGCCCUGUUCUCAGCCUCCCUGGACCACGCCAUGUGGUUCCACAGCACUUUCCGCAGUGAUGAGUGGAUGCUGUACGAGUGUGAGAGCCCAUGGGCAGGCGGUAGCAGGGGACUGGUUCAAGGCCGACUGUGGAGAAGAGACGGGGUGCUGGCUGCCUCGUGUUCCCAGGAGGGAGUCCUGAGAGUGAAACCAGUCCCAGAGUCCAGCAAACUAUAAGCACAUUCAUAACAUUUCUUUUAUUUAAAUGUAUUUAUAAUCAUAUUAAUGUUAUUAGAUUUUUAGACUAAUGUUCAAAAUGUUUAAUAUAAUAAUGAAGGAUUGUUUUAUUGAGAACAUGCUAAAUUAAAUUAGUGAGUGUGAAAAAAGUGGAAUUAUUGUGGAUUAGGACAGUCAAGGAAAUGCACAGCCUGAUCCACCAACAGAAAAUGAAAUAAGUGCAAUCAUCGUAGAGCAACACAGCCUGAUCCUCCAGGAGAGACUAAACAAGGGAAAUGAUAGUGGACAGGACGAAACUGUAAAUUGUUCCAGCUACAAUAGUACCAUGAAAUCUGUUCACAAAUACGUUUGUUAAGAUUGAGCAGACCUGAAGUGCAUAAUGCAUUAAAGGUUGUACACAACA